GACGACGCUCUCGCGAGAAGGUAAACAAAAAACAAAAGACGUAAACAAAAGCGGCGGACGAACGUAAACAAAGACCGAAAAAGGGCGUUUUCUGGGACGUCGGGAACCAUCAGCCCCCUUCAGAUAAUGGAGCGUGUGAUUCCAGCCAUCAAGUGAGUAAUCAAUUCAGCGUGAUGUCCUGUGGCCUUCCAAGUACAAAGCAGUUAUGAAGCUCAAGACAUUCAGUGUCAUAUGUCUCAACAGCUAGUGAUCCUCCAUGUAGGCUUGGGAUCUGCAAUGCUACAAGAUGCCAGAGAAGUUUGUAUGUCACCAAAUUCUUCGGAGUCCAGUCCAUCAAUAAUGAUUCGCUUAAUAGUUACACAAUUCAAGUUAGGUUCAACAUUUCAGGCUGUGGAGAACUUAGCGGACUGAAACAAGUGGGAGUCUUUCUUCGAUCUGUCGCGAAUCAUGCGAGAGAAUUUAGUAGAGUUAGGUUUUGUAUCUUCCAAAUGACGCGAGGAGUAUUUUGUAAUGUCUUUUUAAUAGUCGUGUGUAUUUUCUGAAGUAUGGGAGUCAAAUUUAGAGUCAGAGGUUAAAUGGCACUGUCAUUGUCUCGUAGGCAUGUGCAAAAUUUAUUUCCAUUGAAUGGAAAUAGCAACAGAGCUUUCGUUCCGAGAUGGAUGACUUUUCGCAUGAUGUGUGUUCUUCGUCUGGAAGUGUCCCGCUGGCUGGCGGCGAUGUGUCAGACAUCCCAAUUAGUUUGGUUGAAAAGCACUUGACCAGCAAUGAUGACCAUCCUUACAAUGGCCAUCAAGAGCCCCCUCCAAGAGGACUGCAGUGUAACGUCUGCGGAAAGAAGUUUUCCAAGAGGUACCGGCUGCUGAGACACGAGCGAAUCCACACUGGCGACAAACCGUUCGCUUGUACCAUCUGCGAGAGAAAGUUUUCCAGGCGGGACUGUCUCAUUUCGCACACUAAGCUUCACUCGGGCGAACAGCCCUACUCGUGUACGGUAUGCGGCAAGAAGUUCUUCAGGAGAAUCGAUCUCAUAUCCCACGCGAAGACUCACAGGGUCGCAGAGACGUUCGUCUGCGAAACGUGCAAGAAAAAGUUUACCAGAAAGCGCCACCUCGCGAACCAUCUCAAAAUCCACACGGGCGACCAGCCUUUCGAAUGCACUGUCUGCGGGCGGAAGUUCUCCCUGAGGGGUGAACUCGUGACCCACACAAGAAUCCACACCGGGGAAAAGCCCUUUGCGUGCACCAUCUGCGGGAAGAAAUGGUCUCGCAAGAGCGAUCUCAUCCGUCACACGAGGGACCACACUGGGGAGAAACCCUUUGCAUGCACUGAGUGCGAUAAGAAGUACACUCGUAGGAGCGCCCUCGUCUCGCACAAGAGAGUACACACUGGAGAAGAACCAUUCGAAUGUAAUGUCUGCGGCAGAAGGUUUGCGCAGAGGGGGAGUCUGGCCUACCACACCAAAAUGCACUCUAGUGAGAAGCCUUUCGCUUGUAACGUAUGUGAUAAGAAAUUUGCUUUAAAGUCUUACCUUGUCUUUCAUAACAGAACUCAUUCAGGAGAAAAGCCAUUUGUAUGCCAAGUUUGUGAUAAAAGGUUUUCUCACAGGAGUAACCUUGCUCAUCAUUUGAGGACUCACUCCGGCGAGAAGCCAUUCCAGUGUGACGUAUGCCUGCGUCGGUUUUGCCUGAGGCGCGACCUCUUGCACCACGUUAAUAGAGCUCAUACAAAUAAAAUUUCUCUUGAAUGCAGCAUUUGUAAGCAGAAGUUUCCCACUAAAGCAGCACUGAAGACUCAUAAAGAGACACAUGUAAAGAAAGAACAACCACAAACAUUGUCUGUAGGACAAGCUGAACCUUUGCCAUCGGAGAUUGACGGAAUCAAGUUGCUGUACGUUAGGGAAGAACUGGGCAAUGUAAUUGAAUACCUUCCCCUCGUUGAAAGCUUAGAGUCAGUCGAGAUAAGAAUUGACGCUGGCGAUCCGCUUAGAAGCACCGAUGGCUGUAGCAACGACUUAGACUUGUGGCUGACCAAAGAUGAUCCGUGCUACCAAGAAAUAUCAUUAGGAGAGACCCAAGUGGAGUUUGAGCAAGAGCUCAUCAUUGAAGAAGUUGAUAUGUUGGGGGAUGCGAAUGGCAUCUUGAUUGAUUGAAUACUUUAGCAGUGACACAUGGCUGUGAAGAAACCCUGGACUGAGUUUUGCAAUGGUGUCUAUGGAAGAGGAAUCAGCCCAGGCCUGAAGAACACAUAUCAUGUUGACAGGUUAUGUCUUUCAAGGGAAUAAGCGUUUUGAAGUGUUGAGAAUGAAAUAAAAUCUACAGAUUAAAUUGUAAAAUGCGUUCACAUUGUAUCGUAGCAGCUCUGAUAGAUUGUUGGGUGAAUGUUGCGCAGUCUUAGAAUCAACGACAUUGCAAUUAAGCGAUUAGAAGUAUACAAAUAGCACAUUGUGAUAAUUCCCAAGAGCUUCUUAGGUAAGGUGCUGCUUUCUGUACCUGGUCAUCAUGACAAUGGUGCCAUUUUUUUUUGACAGAUAAGCAGCCAGCAAACAUUGUGAUCAUAAACAUAGCUUUGUCUUGAGGUUAAACUAGGAGAAGCCAGCAACUUCUAAAACUGAGACUGAAAGUUGAUUCAAAUUGACUCUUCAAAAGAGGAAUUGUUUUUUAAUUACUGGGUCUUUCUUGGAUCUUUCCUUAAUAGUGACCCCAACGGUUUUCAAGGGGGACGUAUCUAGGACUAACAUUUCUUUGAGGUCAUUAUCUUUAUAUGAUAUUUACAGUCUUUUGUUGAUGCUUUUACUGUCAUCCCCAAUGGGCUUGUAUAAAACAAGCUGCAAAGGUGGAUAUGUAAGUAGUUAAAACCCUUGGUGGUCAUCAUCAAGGAAAGAUCCUGAUUACUUUCUUGGAAUAUUGAUAGCUAGUGCAACUGCCUUAAACCACAAUUUUACAAAUAUUGUAGGGCUUUCUAAUAUGCAUGUGUCUUACUACUCCAGUACAUCCUUCGAGGACUGGAGAAGGACGGUUGAAGGUACGGAGGACUCCAAUCAAAAUUGGGUGAAGCAGCUUAAAAGAAGACUGCUCAUUAGUUCAAAUUGCAAAUCCUGCUCCAAAUGUGAACAAGAGUUAGGUUAACAAGUUAGGUUACCUUUGUGAUAAUAAUGGAAAAUGAUAGCGACUGUAUAGUGAGAUUAGCACUAACCGAUGAUACAAUGAUGCUUUUAACCCACACGUCAGAGUUUAUCUCAUCUUCGUCACAAUCCAGAAAUAGAAUCAUACACAAAACCAGGCCCCAUAUACGUUCUACUAUACAUAGAUCUGAGAUUAUUUCAGCCGACAGCAAA